AGCCGAAAGAUGCCGAAAAAGAAAGGAAGCAGGGGCAAAGGAAAAGGAAAAGGUAAGAAAGAAGGCAAGCAUGAGUCUAAGGCCGACAGGGAGUCAGAGAUCGAAAAGUUCAAAUCAAACGCUGCUUUAUGGGAGGCGAAGUUUAAUAUCACAGAAAUUUCUCGUGUUGAGUAUCGCGAAGCUACUCGCGCGCUUGCCAAAGCCAACGAGGAGCUCGCGAGCCAGCAGUACAGAGCCAAGAAAGACACGGAUGAUAUUAUUGCUUUUCUGAAAAGGACAGAUCGUGAAAAAACAGCAAUGAUUGCUGCAUUAGAAGAGCAACUGAAAAGAGAAAAAGCAAAAACUUCACAAGAGAGAGACCUUUUGGUGGAUGAAUACAUGCAGAAGAUUGAUGCUUUAGAAGAGAGGUUUAAGCAGAGGUCAAGCGACUUCCAGAGGAUGCAGGGCGAGCUCAAAACCAUUAAGCAUUUUCAAAAAAUAAAGGCCAAUCUGGAAGAAGACCUUAUCAGUAUGAGAGAAAAAAUUUAUAUCGCUGACCGUGCACACCAAGAGAGUCUGGCGAGAACAGAGUACAAGUUCUACACAGCAAGGAUUCACCUUGAGAAGGAAGCAGAGCAAAAGAUCACUCAGCUUGCAGAGCGAGCACAUCAUGAAGCUAUUGUGCAACUCGGUACAGCAUCACAUACUGUGCUAAAGGAGAAUGUACGAUUGAAUGAGGCAGUGAAUUAUCAUGUGAAAGAGGCGGAGGAACUGAAGAGGACGAAUGUAGCCUUGACAGAGAAGAAUGCUUCCCUUGCUCUUUUGAAGGAGACGAAUGAACUGAUGAAAAAGGAAGGCAAUUCCCAGCUAAAGUCCCAACAAAAUGAGAUCUCCGAACUAGGGGCUAAAUUGGUCACACUUGAGCAAGCUCUGGGCAUCAUGUCUGGGGAGUUUGAGCAGGAGAGAGAAGAGGUGGAACAGCGUGCCAUGGUCAGCAUGCAGGCCAACAGCACAGACCUUGAGAGAUUGGAAAUGCUUCUAGCUGUUCGAGAGAAGGAGCUAUGCCAAGUGAAACAGCUGGCGCAAAGCAUCAUGGAGCAGCGCAAAGAACUUGAGCUCUUCUUUCACGAAGCUCUUGACCAUGUGAGGAAGGAAAUAAGAAAACAACAACAGCACUAUAGACAGGAGGCACUGAAGGCCUAUCGCUGGAGAAUGAAUGAGGCACGGGCUGGAAGGUUGGAGUACCCUCGUAUACGGACCUUCUCUAAUGCCCCGAACAGCACCAAUGACGUUCAGACUGACCUGGAAGAGGCUGACAAAUGGAGCAACUUGAAAAGCUCCAGUGUGGAUAUUUCUGAUCUAACAUGGGAGCAGAAAGAGAGACUGCUCAACCUGCUUUUUGCUAAAUUGAAUGGACAAAAAAUAAGGAAACCAGCCCAUCCUUCAGCUCUAUCAACAUCUUCCUCAGAGAAGAUCCAGGUUAGCAGUGAUGCAGGGUUUACCGACGAGAAACAUAGCCUGACCUUUAUAAGCCAGAUGCCAAUGGCAAAUAUAACCUCUGAACCCUGUGUUCUGCCAGCCCUCAAGGGCACCUGACUGUACACCUUUUUUUUUUAUAUACAGCAUUAUAUUAAAAUAUUUGCUUUAAAAAAAAUACAGGAUAAUUGUCAACACUCUGAAGUCUUCAAGUUCUGGUCUGUCCCAAGCUUCAGACUCUCUUCCAUGGGUGACAAGUAUUUCAGUGUAAUGGAAUUCCCUGUGGUAAAAUCUCCAUAAAAUCGCAUCCAUCUUAGAUUUUAAGGCCCAAUUAAACAUACACACCUUCAGACAAAACAUCUUCUCUCACUUCUCCAUCCACCUGAUUUAUUUUGUUAUUGUUCUAUUAGGUUCAGUCUGCAGUGUUAAUUUAUGAUCUUUUUUCUCUGCUCAUUACUGCAGUCUGUAACUAUAUUGUUUAUAUCUAUCUCAUUUCUACACGAUUCAUUUUCUUGUUUUUCUUUAUGUCCUUGUGAAGCUACUUCGAGUGAAUGAAAGAUAUAAAUAAAAUGUAGAAUGUUUCAAUGUAAAAAAAAAAUAAAUAAAUAAAAUAAAACUAUUAUUAUUCCAUAAAA